AGGGUCAACAGGUGAAAGUUGAAAGGUUUAUGCAUAUUCAACCGGAAGUGUAAAAAUCAAAACAAAUACUUGAACUUCCGCUAUGGCCGCCUCCAUGAAGAAAAGCAUGUCCAGCAAGAAAAGGAAAAUGGAAGAGUUGAGUGUUGAUGAGUUUAUGUUAGGAGACUUUGACAGUGACAGUGACAAAGAAGAUACAGCUGUUCACCAAAAACAGAAUCAGAAGAAAAGAAAAAAUGAAGGACUUAAAAAGAAAGAGAAACAAAUUGCUUCAAAACAGCAGAAGAAAUUACUAGAAGCCUCUGUAAAACAGAAGCAAACUAAAAUCACUGAUCUGAAAAAUACAAGCAAAACAAAGAAAACAUCAAAGACACACACACAGUCUUUAGAAGCAUUGAAGGAUAAAGAUCCAGAAUUCUAUGAGUUUCUGAAAGAAGAAGGCAAAGAUCUGCUGGCUUUUAAUGAGUCUGAUGAUGAAGAUAUGAGUUCUGAUGAUGAAGAUCAAGAUGAUGAAGUUCAGGAUGAUGACAGUGAUAAAGAGGAAGAUUAUGAUGAUAUACCAACAAGUAGUGACGAAGAGGGAGAUUUACAUCAACCUCCUCAGGAACUAGAGGUUGCCAGUGAUGUCAGCAUGAGUGAUGAAGAUGAAGAGGAGGAAGGAGGAGGGGAGGAGGAUGAUAAGGAGGAAGAAGAUAAACCAAAGAAAGAAAAGAAAAAGAAAGGCACUCUAGUAACCAGUAAAAUGAUCAAGGAUUGGUCUGAUACAGUACAGAAAACUCCAUCAGCAAAUGUAUUGAAGGAAAUGAUUAGUGCAUUCAGAGCAGCUGUACAUCAAGCAGGAAGUGAAGUGGAAUCUUCCAAAUAUAGAGUAGAGGGGAGUGCAGUUUACAACGCAGUAAUCAGAAUGUGUUUAACUUUAAUACCAGCGGCACUUCUGAAACAUUUAGGGUUACCACCCCUUACAGAUUUACAGAAGCCAGUACUUCCUUCAAAAAGCAAUACCAAGUGGAAGAAAAUUCGUCUGGAAAUUAAAUCUUAUCUGGCUGCUGUAUUACAGCUUCUGUCAGAAAUAACAGAGACUUCCAUGGUCAAUGUGAUGGUAAAGCAUGUCUUCAAACUAGUGGCUUACUAUGUAACAUUCCCAAAAAUUGCCAAAGCACUGUUAAAGAAAAUGACGAACCUAUGGAGUUCUGCUGAAGAGACAACAAGAGUGGUGGCUUUCCUUUGUAUCAACAGACAAGUCAUGAUAUCACAGGAAACUAUGUUAGAACCUUGUAUAAAACAAAUGUACAUAGCAUAUGUAAAGAACUGUAAAUUUACAUCUCCCACAACCCUUCCUUUGAUCAACUUUAUGCAGCGCUCCCUGGUGGAGAUCUUGACUAUAGAUACAGUAUUAGGAUACCAGUAUGCCUUUAUAUACAUCAGACAAUUAGCUAUACACUUACGUAAUGCUAUAACUGUCAAGAAGAAGGAAAAUGUGCAGGCAGUUUAUAACUGGCAGUAUAUUCAUUGUCUUGCAUUGUGGGUAAGAUUGAUGAGCGCCACCUAUCCUAGUGAAGUUCUACAACCCUUGAUCUACCCAUUAACACAAACAAUUAUUGGAACCAUUAAACUGACCCCUACAGCAAGAUAUUUUCCUCUACGUUUCCACUGUAUAAAGAUGAUGAACACGUUAUCAGAAUCUACAAACACCUUCAUACCGGUCCUGCCAUUCCUGUUAGAGGUUUUUGAGCUGACAGACUUCAACAAGAAGCAUAAAAGUAUCAGUUUUAAACCAUUAAAUUUUGCCUGUAUUCUGAAGUUAUCUAAAGCACAGCUGGUAGAGAAAUCCUUUAAGGAUGGCAUCAUUGACCAGUUAUAUGAACUGUUUAUGGACCAUUUUAACAUCCAUGCUCAUAAGAUUGGUUUUCCUGAACUGGUUUUACCAUCUAUACUUCAGGUAAUUUUAUAA